GAAUGUUGCUCCUGUCAGGAUAAACUCGGGGCUGCAGUGACACACAUCGUCCUUGACAGGAAGCUAAGAUGGCGGCCGCCGUGGUGAGGAGUCUGGGCUCCACUUUGGGUAAAAACCUCCGAGAGAUCCGCCUGCAUCUCUGUGACCUUCCCCCCUCCCCCCUGUGUUUCAGAGAAUUUGUGGAGCAGAACUACGUGACCCUGAAGAGGUCCAACCCGGAAUUCCCCAUCCUGAUCCGGGAGUGUUCUGGAGUCCAGGCCCGGCUCUGGGCCCGAUACGAUUUUGGGAAAGAGACGAGCGUCUCCGUGGAGAACAUGUCAGCUGAUCAGGUGGCCAAAGCUCUGCAGACUCUGGCUCAGUCCAAGCCCUGACCCCCGUCUGAGCCCGCAGUGGUUCAGUCCAUUCACUCACCUGUUUUUGUUUCUGUAAAUGUGCUGAUGUGAAUAAAGUGAACAUGUGAAGCU